AUGGGAUUUCUAGACUUGGGAGGUGGUGGCAGUUUCUCCGUUCUCAUCCGCACUGCAUUCAGCUACUCGGACGAUCAGGAAGAAUCUCAAAAAUGGCGAAUAGGCGCAGGUGGUGCCGUGACUGUUCUGAGUAGUACUCAAGGCGAAUGGCAGGAGAUGUUUGCGAAGCUGAGUACCGUGAGUGCUAUUUUCAAGCCAAGACCCGUGUCAUAA